UCUAAGAUUAGCUAUAAGCUUUGCCUUUGCCACCCUAUUGCUUUCCAAAACCUAUUUCGAUUUUCCUAGAGAAAAACGUCAGGCACCAUUCAAUAUGGGCUUGAAAUACGCUAUCAAAAGCUAGUUAUAGCUAAAAUAUUGCUCUAAUUGUAGUGUUAUUGUUAUUUUAGUUUCAUUUUGUAUGUACAUUGUGUAACUCUUACAUUAGUCAAAAAUGGAUACGUUUAUCUUAGGCUACUUCGGUUAUGGCGUUUGUUGAUCACUAAAUAGUUUCGUUCGGUUGAUUAUUUUCUUUUAAUUUAAUGUCUGCUUUUCGUUUCUGAUCGUCUGUUUAGUUUGUGUAUACGUGUUUUUUCGAAAUGGUGAAGGAGAAGCCUAACUCGAUAAGGAUAUAUGACGACGAGGGGUUUAGGCGCCGUGCUGCUUGUAUAUGCGUACGAUCGGACGCCGAAACCGAGGUGUUGCUAGUGACGUCUUCUCGUCGACCUGACAACUGGAUCGUGCCGGGCGGCGGCGUGGAACCCGAAGAAGAACCGUCGGUCACCGCGAUGCGGGAGGUACUAGAGGAAGCCGGAGUCAUCGGCAAGCUGGGGCGAUGCCUGGGAGUCUUUGAGAACCGAGAGCACAAACACAGGACGGAGGUGUAUGUGAUGACUGUGACUCAGGAACUGGCCGAAUGGGAAGAUUCACGGCUGAUGGGACGCAAGCGACAAUGGUUCUCCAUUGAAGAGGCGCUGGCACAGCUCGCACUCCACAAACCGAUUCAGCGUCACUAUCUACAGCAGUUGAAGCGCUCCAAGAACAAGUCCGAUGAUGGUAGCUAGGCCUCUUCCGGCUUAACAGCACUGCGUUGUAGCUUUAGGUUGCAGUGCCGUCUUUAAACUGAGUACUUGUAUCAGUAACUCGGUUCCUGGACAUCACCAUUGACCACACAGGCUUCAAUAUACAUUUAAGCAUAUCUAUAGCUUUUGUACUACCUUGCCAUUACUUUGGUUCUUCAAGAGGUCGUUAUUAUUAAAUAUUUAGUUACAUUCGGCCAAUUUGUCUCUCAUGCAUCAUGAAAGGUAUGGACAGAAAAUUUAAAUUUAAUGAAAAUGUUUGCUACAAUUUUAUACAUAGAUGUAAAACUAUAAAUCCAGGCAAAGCACUUACAAAGUUUUUAAAAGAAAAUGUAAAAUAUGUAAAUGUGAGACGACACAACUUAAAUUAUUUAUUUCUUUUUAAAUAUUUGCUUUACAUGUAUUUAUAAUAUUAUUUUUUUAGUUUUAAAAAUAUUGCUUUGAGUAAUGAAACCGUUAAAGUGAGCUAUGUGGAGUGAAUUUGUAUAUUUGUGAGGAAUAUAGACGCUGGAUAGAUUUAUGUUCUAACAAUUGAUGUAGUUGUUAAUAGUAAGUUAAUGAUACAAUUUUGCUUUACUACGGAACGGUCAAUACUAAGGCGGUACUGCAAUUGUUUGUGUCUGAAGUCAGUUGGGCUCGAGGACAACUUUUUGUUAGGCACGUAACUCUUAUAACAUCCCCUUUUUUUCUAUUUUUACGUAUAUUUUUAUACAGUGAUGGAAUAAAUGUUAAUUUUAUUUUGUUAGCAUUAAAACGAAAAGACAAAAAAAAAACAUUUUUUUAUUUAAUUUGGUUUUUUAAGAUUCCUAAAUGAGUUUUAAAAAUAAAUUUUAUAUUGCUCUUC